AGCAGAGGGUCGUCUGAUAGGGAAGCAGAGUUCACAAGGAAGGUGGGGGGAUGGGAGGAGGCCAGCGUUUGAGCCCCACGUCCCCCACUUCCCCGAUCCCUCCAGGCUUGGGUUUGGAGACCCGCGGUCCGAGCUGGGCCUGGGCUCAGCGGGGCCCCCUCAGCAGAGGCCGGUGUGUGAGUGUGCGGUGUGUUAAACACUCGCCGUGACCCUCUUUCUUGCCCUGGCUGCCUCGCGGAAAUGAGCUCUGGGACCGGGACCGCCCGCGGAAACGCGGCAGUAAUGUGGGGUGGGGGUCCAUGACCGUGCGGGGCGGAAGGUGGUGGUCCUCAAGCCCUACAGCCUGGACCCAGCCAGGAAUGCAGCCGAGAGGAGAGGGCUCCGGUUAGCACACCCACCUGCCCGAGGGCCCCCUCCCGCACAGCCCUUCCAGGAGGACCAACCUCAGCCUUUGGCUUUGCCCUGAGUGCCCGGGAGUCAUGCCCCAGCGCCCAACUCCUGGGCGCAGGAGCCCGGAGCAAAGAGCAGCGGUGUCUCCCGCCUCCCAGGGGCUCAAAUAGCUUUCCCUGGAUCUACUUCCUGCCGUUGUGUUCCCAGCCUGGCCAGCUUCCCUCACUCCGUGCUUCCCUCCCCCUCCCCCCCUCCUUCCCUCCUUCCCUGGCUGGUGCUUGCAAGGGGAAACUACCCCUGGCCCCCACUAGCCCCCCGCUGCUCACAGGCAGGGAGGCCAGAGGCUUCUUUUCAUUGGGCAGCAGACUCCCCAGGCCACCCUUGCUUUUGAAGACUGGGUGUUGGUGAGGGGUGAGUGUCCCUCCGACUGGGGGGAGGGGGGGGCAGGAUGUGCAGGGAGAGGUGAGCCCCUCAAAGGAUUUGUUGUUGGGAAAAUCUCUGUCCUCCGAAGGCGGUAUCACUGGAUGUGCCUGCCCCUCAAAGUUCUGUUAUUUCAGGCACGAUCUCAUCAGCUGGGCCUGUGGCUGGUUUUUCUGGGGGAUUCUGUCCUCAAAAGGCAGACCCCUCCUCCGUGCCUCUUGGAGUGGUUACCAGCUUGUGCUCCGAAUCUGUGGUGACACAUCACCGGCCCCUGGUCCAUGCGGGGUGUGCCAGCCUCACCGGCAUCAUCAGCACCAGGCAGCUUCAUCAAUUCUGGGUGUCGCUGCUUUUCCAGGAACAAAAUAGUCCGUGAGGGACUGUCUUCACCAGGGCAGAGAUGCCCCUAGAAAGUAUUGGCUGCAAACUUCCUUCUAUGUGGGGACGGCACUGGGGGAGGGUCCCCAGCUGCCUCCCAGGCCUCCCCCGGACUGCAGUGAAGAGUGGGCGGCGUGGGUGGCCGGUGCUGGCCGGCUGAGACCCUCAAUGCCCAGAACAGCGUCUGAGUCAUAGCAUUUAACAACGAGCCUGAGGGUGGUUUUCUUCUCCGGAGACCAGAGGCGGAUUCCCAGGGCUGGAUUCCCAGGUGGUGCCCAUGGAGUCUGGCCCUGGGGAGGGAGGCGUGGCUCUGGCCAUCCCCCCACUGAGGCCCAGUGAGAAGUUCCACCUGUUCGUGAGCUACAGCAGCGUGGACGCCACCUGGACCCACGGGCUCAUCAGCCGCCUGGAGGCGGACCUCGCGGGGCUGAAGGUCUGCCUGCACGAGCGGGACUUCACCCCGGGGAGGAAUGUGCUGGAGAACAUGGCGGAGUGUAUCCAGCAGAGCCAGAAGGUGCUGCUGGUGCUGAGCCAGGACUUCGUGCAGAGCCGGUGGUGCCUCCUGGAGGCCGACCUGUCGCUCUUCGGCUCCUGCCUGGAGAGGAAGCCGGUCAUCCCGGUCCUGCUGAGGCCCUGCCAGGUCCCGCUGCACCUCAGCCACCUGACAUACCUGGAGGCGGCAGACAGCCACUUCUACCGCAAAGUGGUGCAGCUCCUGCUCAUGCCCAACCACUGCCUGGCCCGCUCCCUGCCCGCCUGGCGCCCCGCCGCCUCCCUGUACAGCGGGAAGAGCCUCCUGACCCUGAACUGCGUCAACAGGGACAGUCUGCCCUCGUGGAAGGUGGGCACCUUCAGCACCCUGAGCGUCCCCGACCCCCUGAAGGAGGUGCUGGAGGACCCCGAGGUGUACAAGCGAGCCGUGGGCAUCCUCAACGGGGUGCGGUCCCCCAGGUCCUGCCUCCGCUACCUGGGCUGCAGGGUCACGCUGGCCGUCUUCCUGUUUCUCGUGGCCUUGGCCCUGCUCUCCCUGCCCCUGAUUAUGGGCCUCCUGAAAAACACCCCAGAUCAGCGCUUCUUCCUCAUCUCUGCCAACAUAUUUUUCUGCCCCCUCUUCUUCGUGUUAGGAGUCAACACCCUGUGCUGGUUCAGGAGGUUCUCUAAGAAGAUGAUGCAGGAACUGGUGCUCAGGGUGGGGGAGGCCAACCUCCUGCUGGCGCCCCACUCGCUGCUGAUGGGCUGCGACACCAUGAACAAACUACACUUCGUGUACGUGCUGCUGGGCGACUGCAGGCGGGUCUUCCUGGAGGCCGCGGAGGGCGAGGCCCUGUUCCGGGAGGCCCUGCUGCGCUUCUCCUGCAGCUACGCCUGCUGCGUGGCGCACGCGUACUUCCCCGCCUGCGACGAGGCGCACAGAGCCCGCGGCCACCUCGAGCUGGGCCUGUGCUUCUGCCAGUUCGUGUCCUUGCAGCUGCAGACGCACCAGGGGCGUGAGGUUAACCCCGUGUGACGCCAGCGCCGACGGAUGUCUGGACGCCCCUCAGCUGGCCCUGCGGACCAGGCCUCAAUGAGGUGCGUAGGGGACCCUCCCCUGUGGCCAAGACCUUCGCCCGCAGGCCCCACACCAGCCCGAGGACCCCGCAGCCUGCUCUGAAGGCAGAUAGGGGCUGGGGAGAGCGGCAGGCUGGCCUGUGACCCCAGGUGUCCUCAGGACGCGGCCUGCUCCUCCGAGGAAAUGCUCACUGUCUCUCUCUGGACGGCUCGUUGGCGUCCAGGGGCCGGGACAGAACCCGAUGGCUCGUUGUGGCCCCGCCCCGAGCAGCCCUUCCAGGCACCUGCCCCUCAGACUGGAGCAUGGAGGGAGGAGGCCAGGCCAGCCUCCAGGACUGGGGGCCGUCCGCCCUUCACUGCCGGGGCGACACACACACACAUAGACACACACACACACACCCGCCUCCCCCCCCCCCCCCCCCCCACACUGUCUACCCCGAGGGCCUGUGGGGCCGCCGCCGCCAUCCUUGGCUGGAAGCCAGGAGGCCUCCGUUCCUCCUCAGCGUGGACACCCAUCAGACCUGGGGCCGCGGUGCCACCUGCUGGUGCCAUGUCCUCCAUCCGGAGAUCAGUGCCUGGCACAGACGAUCUUCCUCCCGAGAAUGAGAGGCCUCUGCAGACAAGAACCUGAGAAAUGUGAACUGGUUCUGGAUAUGGGGACACAACAGCUAGUGUCCUGGCCAAGCUGCACAUCCGCCCUGUGACCACCUUGUGUCAGCCCUGUGUCCAUCCGCCCUGUACCUGCCCCUGUGUCUGCCCACCCUGUGUCCACCCUGUACCUGCCCCGUGUCCACCCCAGCAGUGAGACCUUUGCACCUCACGCCCGCGCCUCUGUGAGCCCCAGUCAGGGUCUGCAGACCCUCGGCCCCAGCAGCACACCAGGGCAGGACUUCAGACAAGAGGAGUGGCCCCGGGGCACUGCCUCAGCUCACUGUGUCUGUAUUUGAAGCUGGCGCUGGGUGUUCCCGGCAGCCCUGGGGAGCCCUCCGCCCGCGGCCAGGUGCUGCUCCGGUUUGCAGCCUCACAUCCAUCUUGUGUGACCAGUGGCCCUCGGGGCCUGAUGCCACCCCUUGUCUCUCCCAUGAGCGCAGGCCCCAGACCACAGCCACCAAACGACAAGCAAAUGAAGUCCCGGCUCUGACUCCCUAGCAGCCCUGACAGCCAACAGUGUGCCUGCCUCCCAAGACCUCCUCUUACGCACCCCUUAGAGCAGAUCCCCACCCUGCACCAUGGAUCUUACCAAAACCCCGCUCUUUUGGUUUGAACGAACCAAUGUGGUCCUAGCUCAGGAACCCAAAGCACUCCACCCAGAGACCCUGGCAGAGGCCGGAGUCUCAGAUCCUGUCUACACCCUGCCUCGACGUGGUCUCUGCAGGCACGCGUGCACUUCCUCCAGGACUUGUGAGCAACCGACUUCUCUAUUUCAACUUGUCUUGUGCAAGAACAGCAGGUCUUGUGAUCUGUUGAAGUACAGCUCACCGGGGCGCCUGGGUGGCGCAGUCGGUUAAGCGUCCGACUUCAGCCAGGUCACGAUCUCGCGGUCCGUGAGUUCGAGCCCCGCGUCGGGCUCUGGGCUGAUGGCUCGGAGCCUGGAGCCUGUUUCCGAUUCUGUGUCUCCCUCUCUCUCUGCCCCUCCCCCGUUCAUGCUCUGUCUCUCUCUGUCCCAAAAAUAAAUAAAAAACGUUGAAAAAAAAAAAAAAAAGUACAGCUCACCACCCAGCAGCCUGCACACACUGAACACGUGUUAACUGGACACAGAGGCUGGACUGCUCACCUGUGUCCCGAGGCCAGGACUGCACGGGGAGGGUCCCCCUUGAGAGGAGCAGAAAAGGGAGGGGCUCUGGUCACGGGGACAGUGUAAGCAAAGGCACAAGGCAGGACCCCAGGACAUAGGAGAAACUACCAAGUAGGGGAUGGUCCUGUGAACCCCAGGGCUCGCUGGGUGGCUUUGGGCGCUGGAACUUUCUUGGGGGCAGUGCUUGGCAUCAGGAUCCAUUCCAAGGGGUCCCAGCACCUGAUGGACCUUGAGAGGCCUUCAGUCUCGGCCAUGUCCGAAGCAGGGGGCAUAGUCUGGGCCCCAGGCUGAGAAAGAGCCUCCCGGGAGCAGCCCCACAGUUGCAGCAUAGGGUGACGACACAGCAGGCCCACCCAUACCCGCUCUGCCGCUCUGGGCACAGGUGGCCCCCAUGAACACCGACGGGCCUCCUCUAGGCCACAGCAGCUGCACCCGCUGCGGCUGCGGAUCCGCUCGAUGCCUAGAACGUGGCUGUGCCAGCAGGUGCACGAACGCUGCAUGGAGCUAGGUGACCAGCCAGGCCUUUUGGGACAGAAACCCCGGGGGACAGUGGCUGGGGGCCUGUGGGCUGAGGCCUAGCCGUGUGCACGGGUGCCCACAUGUACACACAGCCCCUCCACUCCUCGGGCAAACCACGUGCUGACAGUGUAUUCCUACCCCCACGGUGCUGUGCGGCCCAGAGACAGCAGAAGGACAAAAAGAGAUGCCUGUCCCUUCAAAAGGCCAUGAUACUUCAAGUCAUGAAACACCACAUUUGUGAGCACAAUAAAGAGAAAAGGUUUAAAUUAACCACUUUUAAGUCUCAUUUAUUUUGAGG